AUGGACCCGGGACCUGGACAAUUUAAUCACAAUGGAGGCCUUGCGGAUGUCGACAACGGCGAAAUCAGGGCAGAACUCUACCAUCCUGUUGUGUCGUCGUCAAGGCAUCAAGCUGUAUACGUUACAGCCCUGCUGACUUGUGAUAAUCCGCUAACACGCCCAAGGUGUCAGUGCUACAAUCUGCAGAACCCUCAGAUGAUGAACCUGGUCCACCUUGCUUCAGCGAUGCUUCUCGGGCUUGCUUUGAACAGACCUCCGCAGCCUAGUGUCUGGCGGACCGCCUGUACGUUUCUUGACGCACAUAAGGUCCUCCAUGGCACAAGUUUUAAGGAAGGCGCUCGAACCACUGAUGAACGUCGGGCAGCUCUCGCAGUCUACUAUUUCACCAGCAGACUGCCCUGUUGUGAACCUUUGCGCUGGAACCCUUACCUUGACGAAUGUUGUGACGUCCUCACGGCCGCAACAGAGUAUUCCACCGAUGUCUACCUGGUGCACUCAAUUCGGAUACAGCGCAUUGUUGAUAAAUACCUGUCUCCGGGUUGCCUGAGCCUGACCGGUUUCGGUGGUAGGCUACCCAUUCGAACGUAUGUGAAGUGUUUCGAAGACGACUUCGAGUCAUAUGAGCGGACCCUUCCACCCGAGCUAAAGGAAAGCAGCUUUGCUCAGAUGUACAAACAGAGUGCUUUGAUCAUCCUCUAUGAGCCUGUGCUGACCAUGGAACGUGAUGAAGCCAUCCAGAAAGCUGAAGCCCUGCAUGCCUGCGUGGAACAUAUCCGGUUGUUUUACGACAGCUUCGCAGCGCAGCCUCCAGGGAGUCUGCAGCUACUGCCGUUUCUAGAAUGGCUACCCGUUCUCUACGCACACCUCGUGUUGGCAAGACUGUCCUUUCUAGUUGCAGACGGAUGGGAUUUACAGUGUUUUAGGUCGUCUAGCAUGAGCUUCUCGGCCGUGGCGGAUCGCUUGAUGGCUCAGUUGCAAUCCGCCGCCCAACAGAGCCUCGUGCAAUCUCAACAAUCCUCUGAGAUCCCAGUAUGUUUCUCGCAUUAUAUCGACAAGUUGCGACUCUGGAAGAAGUGGUACGAGAACAAACUCAAGACAGAAGUCGAAGUUCAGCCAUCCACCACUCCAGACGUUGGCGCAGCUUUUUCAGCAUAUGAUUUUUCCGUCGAAGGAUUUUUUGGUGGCUUUGAGGAUCUGGUGGGGCAGGAUUUCAUAGGAGAUUGGAACUCCAGCUUCCAGGAUUGA